CAAAAAUGCUGCAUGCGCACUUAUGGCGCUCAAAACGGCUGUCUAGGUAGAAAGCUCACUAGGUGUUGAAACACAGCCGUUGACUCUAUUUCCUGGUUACUUCGCAAGGAUGAAUGUGGGCGUAGCUCACAGCGAGGUGAACCCGAACACGCGGGUGAUGAACAGCCGGGGAAUCUGGCUGGCCUACCUGCUGCUUACAACUGCCCUUCAUGUGGUCCUACUCAGCAUCCCUUUCAUCAGUGUUCCUGUGGUGUGGACACUCACUAAUGUCUUACACAACCUGGCCAUGUAUUUGUUUUUGCACACGGUAAAAGGCACUCCUUUUGAGACGCCGGACCAGGGCAAGGCACGUUUGCUCACUCAUUGGGAACAGAUGGACUACGGUAUUCAGUUCACAGCAUCGAGAAAGUUCCUCACCAUCUCACCCAUUGUAUUGUACAUUUUGGCCAGCUUCUACACCAAAUAUGAUACCACCCACUUCCUAGUCAACACAGGCUCACUUCUAAGUGUCCUCCUUCCCAAGUUGCCACAGUUUCAUGGAGUUCGUCUGUUUGGCAUAAACAAAUACUGAUAUUACACAUCAGCCCUCAAAUGAAGGGGUUGUAGCAUCAUGGAGAUAAAAUGACUGAUGUUUCUUUACUCUCCAUAAAAUGCGUCCUUGCUUCAAAGCCUUAAGGAACCAAAACUGCGCUGGACUCAAGUAAACUAUUUAAAACAAGGGCUUUCAUGCUCAGGUUUAUUCAAUUUGUGGCCUUUUUUUUUUUCUGUUGUCUUAUGUCUUUAAUUUCUCUACAACACCAUUUCUGAAGUCAUCACAUUCACUUAAGGAUGUAUUCAGCAUAACAAAUGACAUUCCAUCGUCUGCUGAAAUUCUGUUUUUUUGUGGCUAUAAUCGGCAUUUUUCCUGCCGUGCUCCAUUUUAUAUAACUUGGGUAAAAAUAGUGAAUAGGAAAUAUGCAAGAGAUUACAAUUCUCCUCAAGCUGCUUAUCUGAAGGCUUAUUUGGAAUUCUGUUUUGAUAAAUGAAUUAUUUUGUGUUACAUUUUCAUUUCAUUUGAUUGAAAAAUGGUAAAGAAGCAUCUGUGAUAAUGUGAUGGUAAACAAUCGUUUGGUUUCUGUUGAUGUCCUAUUUUGAAGUUCAUUGUUGAAAAGUGUGCUUAAGUCUGUGGUUGGAUUAGAGUAUUUUGAACUCCUGUAUUUAUUUAUUUUGUUGCUUUUAACAUCAUGAAGCAUUCCAACUUGAAGUAAUAGACCUUUUUCACAGACUGUGAUGACGCAUUUCCGCCUUAUUUAUCAGCGUAAAUCUCGCAAUUUUUUUAUAUUCUAAAUGUUUUCAAUAUUGAGUGUAAAUUUAUAACAUUAUGAUUUGUGUUAUAUAACCCUAGAAAUAGUUUUAAAAAAUGAAUUAGCACAGCUGCAAGGGGUUUCUAUUACAGCUGCUGAGAGAGUGACAUUGAAUUUGUCAUCUUCCCCCAUCUGUCUUAAUCCACCACUCUCUAUUUUUUUCUUCUUCUGAAGUCAUUCAAACGUAAUAGUGGAUUUUUUUUCUUUUGCUCUCGAAGCAAAUGGGUAAAUGAAAAUAACUGGAAAACAUCCGUGUGAAAAAGUUCAAUUGCCUGGGUCGUUCUAGAAACUGACUUUUUUUCAAUGGUGCACAUGUCAGUGUGGAUCAUAUUUGUUCACAGAAAGUGAUAUGUAAAAUCAGUUUCAUCAUCAGUCUAAAUUUUCAAUUUUUAUUAUGUUUUAAAUAUGUUUGAGAUUUUGCACUGCUAUCAUUAAAAUGAGCCUUGCAUAAGAC